UUCUCUCUCUCUCUUCUUGAACUCCUCACCAUUUCUCCCCUCACCAAUACUUGUCCGGUCUUUCUUUCUUUUUUGUCUCCUGCAUCUGUCAUGUCUUUUGCACGACCACCCAGGCCAUUGCGCGAAUGGCUGCACCUCGCCGCCGCCCUGAACCCAACCCCCGCGCGCAGCAGCAGAUCGUUCCAUUCUACAGCAUCUCGUCUGGCUACGACUCGAAGACCCCCUCGGUCGCCAGCCGCACAACGAGCUCAGAGUCAAGCCCCCCGUGAGGUGAUAUCGAGACAGCCUACAAAGGGAGAUUCUUCAUCUCAAAGGAAUAAUGGCAAUGUGAGAGGGCGGUUUUCUAGUCGAUUGGACCCCUCGAUGAUCCCCGUUCUCCGCCGGCAUGCCAUGAUGAGUGGUUUAGGUUCUUGGAGCGAGAGUCGGAACAAAGAAUUCGACUCGGUUGCGUGUGCGAUUCUCCAGGCCAUGGAGACGAAUCCACCGACUAAAGAGUCGCUCUUUGCCAUCACGAAAGAUACCGAUAUCUUCGUUUCCGUCGGUCAUGUCCUUGGUGCCCAUGACCCGAACAUUUCCAGCUGGGUGUUCCAUGCUGCCGCUGAAGCUGGCGUUGGGUUCCCGGCGUGCGUCCUUGCGGCGCGAUAUCUUCGCACGACGCAGCUGCCCAUGCGGACGUCCUUGAUCAACCGGAUUGAGCGACUCGCGCUAGAACACAACUAUGCGCAGGCGAUCCUGGUGCACGCCAAGGUGCUCGGGAUGCGCAAGCAGUACGCGGAGGCGGUGGCGCUGCUAGAAAAGGUCCAGGCGAUGACCUUCCCUUCGUCUGCUCUUCCCAGUCCCUCUUACGAUAUGACGAUGAUGGGACUCAUUGAGCCCCCCUGGGAACUGUACGCACAGUUCAAGGAGAAACUCGGCGAUCAGGAGGCAGUCCAGCAGACCCGUGAGAUGGCCGCAGAACAGUACGGGGACCCCGUCAGUCUGCGAAUCUGCGCCGGCACCAGGCUACACCAAGGGAAUCUUGAUGGAUACAUGGACUACAUGCUCAAGGCGGCCAGCGGAGGGGACCGAGAAGCAUGCUACCGACUCGCCAAUUUCUACUACCGCAUAUACAGGGGGGAGUACCCGAUACCGGGCCAAAAGGAUAGCGUCGGACAAGAUGAUGCAUCAUUAUCAUCAUCAUCAUCAUCAUCAUCCCCUCGGCCGUCACUACUUACUCGGUUACGGUAUCUCCUAGGUCACCUACGCCCCAGGCAAGACUACCGCUUACUCGCCAUUGACUGGCACUUUCAGGCCUGCCGUCUCGGCAGUACCCGCUCGGCCGUGAUCCUCGCCCUAUUCCUCCGUGAAGACCGGCAACUCAUCGAUUCAGAGAAGUGUCUGGCCGUUGCCGAAAAUGAUCAAAGUUUGUCCUCCCUCAUGAAGAAACUUCGUUCGAGCUGGUAUGACUUGGAUGUUCGGCUGGCUAUUCCGGAAGAGUUCCUGUGGGUUUAAAGCAGGGGUGCAGCUUCGGGCUUGUAUUUAUGUAUUGCGCAGAGUAUUCGUACUAGACUACCUUUUGAUACCCUUCUAUAAAAAUUCAUACCGAAUAUAUAUCUCAAUCACGAAAUGAUGAAAUAUAAAAUAAAUGGUAGCUUGGAAAGAGGCAGAACAUGGAAAAGGAAAUCUAUCUCAUCACUUCGUCAAUCCCUUAAUCUAGACCUUGCUUUGCUAACCAUAUAUAAUCCCAUCCAUUUGGCGACUUCAAAAAAGAAAGGCGGAGGAGGAGGAGGAGCGGCGGGAAAAGAAGCCACCAAAAACGCCGAAACUCAAGAAAUGUAAGUAUGGCUUGUCCUCACCGUCUCCUCCCCUUG